UGCGACCGGCCGAUCUCGACCUCCGCCCAGCGACCUAGGUACAACAAGUACAUACUAUCAACUCCCUCUUCCCAUAUCUAUCAACCGCCCGCCCCCAUUGGACCUUGGUCCUUCAUACCCACUUGGAGCUCAAAAGUAGCAACCACGCCGGCUUCGUCUUGCGACGCAUCAUACCGACCAUACAUUCCCUUCGUUCUCGAAGAAAUCAAUUGACCUUGCUUUCUCCUUAUACUCCCGGUUCAUAACUCCCCCAACCAUCAAAAUGAUUUCCGACGACGAUCUCCACCGUCUUGCCGUCUUUCUCGGCUCUUGCGCGAUGAUGAUGAUUGUUCUCUACCACUUCCUCGAAGUCAAUGCCAAAGAUACUGGAGUUGAGGGGGCAAGUGAAGGGAAGAAGUCGGCCGCUGCGUCUCAGGAGUCAGUUGCUGCUAGCCUUUCGACAGAACCCGCAGCGGUUGCGGGCGGUUCGUCAGCCAUCGGAGAGAAAGACCGGUAGUGGCUAUCUUCUUCAUUUCUGUUAGCGUAUUUUCUUUCUUUUCUCGUUUUGAUACGGUUUGCCCUUGGUUGCGGUGGUGAAGACGGCACAGGCGCGACGAUGAUGGAUACCCCUAUGGCCUAGGUUGGAGCGAUAGAUACCAGCAAGGACAAGCCAGUACAUGAUCCGCAUGGAUGUGAUUACGUUGGUCCUGAAAUGCAUCACUAUUGCGCAACUUAUUAGGCGAUUAAGUCUUCUAGCGAUGGUAAACCGCCUUGGAAAGGGGUUAAAAAAAAUAAUGUACACAGAAUAU